AUGAUUCUCGAAACUCCCCUUGUUGGAGCGCUUCGUGCUGCUGCUUGUGCUGCUCGUGCUGCUCCUGCUCUCUCGCGAACUGCCCUCUCGCGAACUGUCUUUCCCCUUCCCUUCCUUCUCUCUCGCUCCUUGGCUACCUUCAAUCGAUCCAAGCCCCAUGUCAACAUCGGCACCAUAGGCCACGUCGACCAUGGUAAAACGACCCUAACUGCUGCCAUCACCAAGUACUUGUCUGCCAAAGGUGGUGCCGAUUUCUUGGACUACGCUUCUAUCGACAAGGCUCCUGAGGAACGGGCCAGAGGUAUCACUAUCUCCUCUGCCCAUGUUGAGUACGAAACCGACACCAGACACUACUCUCAUGUUGAUUUUGCAUCCCGUCCUGUGAUUAUUGGAAAUUGUCCUGGUCACGCUGAUUACAUCAAGAAUAUGAUCACUGGUGCUGCCCAGAUGGAUGGUGCCAUUAUUGUGGUUGCUGCUUCCGACGGUCAGAUGCCUCAGACCAGAGAGCACUUGCUUUUGGCCAGGCAGGUUGGUGUCCAGCACAUUGUGGUCUUUGUCAACAAGAUCGAUGCUGUUGAAGACGAGGAAAUGUUGGAAUUGGUGGAAAUGGAAAUGCGAGACUUGCUCAGUGAAUACGGUUUUGAUGGCGACAACGCUCCCAUCAUAUUUGGUUCUGCUCUCUGUGCUCUCCAGGGCGAAAGACCUGACAUUGGUGCUGAGAGAAUCCAGGCCUUGCUAGAUGCUGUCGACACCUACAUCCCAACCCCCCAAAGAGACCUUGAACAACCUUUCCUAAUGCCUGUCGAAGAUGUCUUUUCCAUCUCUGGUAGAGGUACUGUCGUUACCGGCAGAGUCGAAAGAGGUGAAUUGAAAAAAGGUGAGGAAAUCGAACUUGUGGGCCACAACGACAAACCCAUCAAGGCCACUGUCACCGGUAUUGAAAUGUUUAAAAAGGAAUUGGACAAGGCCAUGGCUGGCGACAACGCCGGUGUGCUUUUAAGAGGUAUCAAGAGAGACGAUGUCAAGAGAGGAAUGGUUGUCUGUAAACCCAACACUGUCAACCCCCACACAAAGUUCCUAGCCUCAUUGUAUAUCUUGACCAAAAACGAAGGUGGCAGACACACUGGUUUCGGCGAGCACUAUAGACCCCAGAUCUACAUCAGAACUGCCGAUGUCACUGCUGUUCUAUCCUUCCCUGAUGGCGUUGACAACACACAAAUGAUCCAGCCUGGAGACAACACUGAAAUGGUCUGCUCUCUCGUGCACCCUACUCCUGUCGAAGUUGGCCAACGUUUCAACAUCAGAGAAGGCAACAAAACAGUUGGCACAGGCUUGGUUACUCGUAUCCUCUAG